AUGGUAUCACUACGCCGCCUUGCAGCCGCACUGGCUUCCCUGUAUUGCUGUGCUCAAGGCCUGGCCACACGCGCCGACAGCAAACAGCUCACGGUUGUUGACCCCGGGAAACGCGAGGCGCUCCAAGAUCUGGUAACAUGGGACUCCCAUUCUCUGUUCGUCAGGGGUGAGCGCAUCAUGUUCUACUCGGGCGAGUUUCAUCCCUUCAGGCUUCCCGUUCCCGGCCUCUGGCGAGACAUUCUCCAAAAGAUCAAGGCUCUUGGCUACACUGGGGUGUCAUUUUACGUCGACUGGCGCCUGCACGAAGGCAACCCUGGUGAAUUCAGCGCAGAUGGCGUCUUCGCUUGGGAACCAUUGUUCGAGGCUGCUUCGGAAGUUGGCUUGUACCUGUUGGCAAGGCCUGGUCCCUACAUUAAUGCUGAGGUAGCGGGAGGCGGAUUUCCUGGUUGGUUACAGAGGGAGCAAGAAAUGCUGCGGACCAAUGGCAGCUUUGUCGAUACUACGAAGAACUACGUUGCAAAAAUCGGCAAGAUUAUCGCGGAUGCUCAGAUCACUAACGGAGGACCGGUCAUCGCGUUCCAAGCGGAGAACGAGUACACAUUCGGUGCGAGCUGGGUUAAGUGGCCCGACGUCGAGUACAUCGAAACCGUGAACAAGCUCUUCCGUGAUGCUGGAAUCGUGGUUCCUUUUAUCAACAACGAGGCCGCCGCAAUUGGCCUUUUCGUCCCAGGAGAGCCUGGGGGACCGGAUAUCUACGGCCACGACAGCUACCCAAUUGGCUGGACCUGCAGCCAGCCGGACAAUUGGACUGUUGGUGCCCUGCCAACUAAUUUCCGCGAUCUACAUCUUGAACAGAGUCCAGAAACUCCGUACGCGAUCCCAGAGUUCCAAGGUGGUGCUAUUGCCUACUGGGGCGGAUCAUGGGAUUUAGAGGAUUGUGCGACUUUUAUCGGGCCCGAAGCAGAGCGUAUCUUUUACAAGAACGACAUCUCUUUUGGUAUUACCAUUUUCAACCUUUACAUGACCUACGGCGGAACCAAUUGGGGAAAUUUGGGCCAGCCAGGUGCUUACACAUCCUACGACUACGGAGCAGUAAUCAAGGAGGAUAGAACUCUGGUCCGUGAGAAGUAUGUAGAAGCCAAGCUUCUGGCACAGUUCAUCAAGGCAUCUCCGGCCUAUCUCGAGGCCACGCCAGGAAACCUCACCAAUACAACCUACACGAGCACAACAGCAAUUUCGACGACACCCAUCUUUGGAAACACCACCAACUUUUAUGUCACUCGCCACUCCGACUAUACGUCACGCGAGUCCACAGACUACACAUUCACUGUGCCGACCAGCGUUGGCAACGUGACGAUCCCACAGCUUGGCGGUUCUUUGAAACUCAACGGGAGGGACUCAAAGAUACAUGUCACAGAUUACGAUGUUGGCGGCCACAACCUUGUUUACUCGUCCGCAGAUAUCUAUACACACGGUGCUACUGGUGGCAAGCGCGUUCUCAUUUUGUACGGCGCGGCCGGUGAGACUCACGAGUUCGCAUUCCCUACUAAGCUAGGUAAGCCUACAAUUGAAGGCGAUAGCAGCACUGUGAAGAUCGUAACCGUUGGCUCUGCGGUUGUUGUGCAGUGGGAGGUCACUCAGGAAAGGAAGGUCCUCCAUUACGGCAGCAAUAUGGAUGUGUAUCUCCUGUGGAGGAAUGAAGCCUUCAACUACUGGGUGCUGGAACUUGAAGCUGCCUCCCCAGUUGGCAACUACACGGCCCAGAACAAGGAGUCCGUCAUUGCGAAUGCGGGCUACCUUCUACGGACGGCCACUAAGACAGGGACUUCGCUGUAUCUUACUGGUGACCUCAACGCAACCAGCCCGCUGGAGAUCAUUGCUGGCCUGCCCGGCUCUAACAACAUUUACUUCAAUGGCGCGAAGGUCCCAGGCGUGAAGUCUGCAAACGGCCGCUUGUCGGCAACACUGACUUACUCACCGCCUACUAUCGACCUGCCUAACCUGUCGACCUUGGAGUGGAAGUACAUCGACUCACUUCCUGAGAUACAGGCAUCCUAUGACGACUCACCGUGGACAGAGGCCGACCUAGCCAACACCAGCAAUACUGCCCGCGACGAUCUGGGAAAUGUGUUGGCCCUCAAGACACCAACCUCGCUGAUCUCAGGCGACUACGGCUACCACACUGGCUCGCUCAUCUUCCGCGGAUACUUCACUGCCAGCGGCAACGAGUCAUCGCUACACCUGACCACCCAAGGAGGAUCCGGAUUCGGCCACUCAGUCUGGGUCAACUCGACGUACAUCGGCUCGUUCAACGGCGCCGGCACACCAGGCGGGUACAACCAGACGCUGAGUCUCUCGCCUGUGAAGCUUGCUAGGGGCAAGGACUACGUGAUCACCAUUGUCAUUGACCACAUGGGCGAGGAAACCAACUGGACACCUGGUUACGACACGAUGAAGACGCCCCGUGGCAUCCUGAACUACACCCUCGAUGGCCACGCGCAGUCCGACGUCAGCUGGAAGGUGACGGGAAACCUGGGAGGUGAGCAGUACCUUGACCAGGCUCGAGGACCACUCAAUGAGGGUGCGCUCUUCGCAGAGCGGCAGGGAUAUCACCUGCCCCAGCCACCGAGCGACCAGUGGGAGGCCAGAAGCCCGGUCAAGGAGGGAAUCGAGGGUGCGGGCGUUGGCUUCUUCGCUACGAGCUUUGACCUGGACAUCCCCAAAGGAUGGGACGUGCCGCUGGACUUCGUGUUCGCCAACACCUCGUCUGCGGAUGGCGGCCCGGCGGACUUCAGGGUGCAGCUGUUUGUGAACGGGUAUCAGUUUGGGAAAUACAUCAAUAAUCUGGGCCCCCAGAGUAGGUUCCCUGUCCCACAAGGUAUCCUCAAUUAUAGCGGGACGAACUAUGUGUCUAUCACGCUCUGGUCUCAAGAAGAGUUAGGUGUCAAGUUGGAAGGCCUACAGCUCGUUGCCGAUGCUGUGAUUCAGUCCGGCAUGAGCGAUCCUGGACUCAGUCCAAUGCCUGCUUGGGAAUCGCGGGAAGGUGCAUACUGA